AUGCUUCGUGAAUUUGGUUUUGAUAAUAAGGAAGUGGAAUUGUGGAGUGAACCAAUCGAGAUUCCUCUUGGUGUUUCUAUGACGCCAUUUGUGAUUCACAAAGUUAUUCUUUCUGGUUUGCACUUUCAAGAUAUUGAGGAAUAUCCAGAAAUUUUAUAUGAAUGUAAAAAAGGGUGGAUUCCUAAAUGGGUAUCUCAAAAAGUUCAAUCUGUUAAUCCUGGAAGAAUUAUACCUGGAACGGGAACUCCUGCUAGAUCCUAUCCAGACUAUGUAUCAGUAUAUAAAUUUCAAAAGCCUUCAAAAAAUAAGGAUCAAGCAAAAAUCCUUGAUCCAUUAAAUAUUAAUCCAAAUGAUAGUAAUCAGCAUUUCUUGUAUCGUGGAAUACGUACAUCAGAUACUAUUCCCGUGUUUUUUUUAAGAAUAGUGCUAGUAUCAUCAGUAAAUAAUGAAUUUGGUCCUGGUCUUUAUUGCACUCCUAAUUUUAAUCUUGCUGUUGAGUAUGCAGGAAAAAAUGGCGCAAUUUUUGUAUAUGAUUGGUCUAAUUUGGACAGCGAUUUUACCAUUAAAACUUUGAUAGAUAGAGAAUGGGAAGAUACUGUUAAAGGUUGGAUAUGUAUAGACGAUGAUAGUAAACCAGGUCCACCCCAAUUUGAUGAAGAUAUUAUUCAAGGACCUGUUUCUAAAAAUCAUGGGAGUAUCUAUAACUGCAGCAAACCAAUUCAGUCACAAGAUUUACAAGUUGUCGCAAUAACAACUAAUGGUGUGAAUGCGAUGACAGAACGUUUAUACGCAAUUAUUUAUCUUUAUUAG